AAAAAAUGUCUCAAAAGCAGAUGAAGGAAGCUUUUGUCAGUAACCUCAAUGGAACCAGCGUGCUGGAAGUGACCCAGGGCUUGUGCUUUCCUGCAUUCUGUAUCCUGUGCAGAGGCCUUUUGAUCAUUUUCUCAGAGCACUUGUGUUCUUUCUCACUCCACCGGAGCACACGAUUCUUCAUGGACUUUGUUGUUCUCAUAGUCCCCCUGGUGGUCACUCUGACUGUAUUGUCUUCGUUUAUUCUCCUUGAGAGUCUCGCUGUGAUUGCCUGCGGGGCAUGGCUGUUGUAUCAGAUAUACCAGAGGAGGACUUGCUGUGCCAAAGUGCCUGUCCAGAAAGUCUUUGCAAACUUCUUGAAAAUCAGCCUAGAGUCAGAGUACAAUCCAGCCAUCACCUGUUACCGGGUCAUUAACAGUGUAUUCACUGCUAUUGCCAUUUUGGCUGUGGACUUCCCACUUUUCCCUAGAAGAUUUGCCAAAACGGAGCUUUAUGGGACAGGGGCCAUGGAUUAUGGAGUAGGUGGUUUUAUUUUUGGGGCUGCAAUGGUUUGUCCAGAGCUUAGAAGGAAAUCUGUAGAAGGGUCCAGAUUUAAUUACCUUAGAAAAUCACUGUAUUCUGUCUGGCCGCUCGUCUUCUUAGGAAUGGGACGGUUAGUCGUUAUAAAAUCCAUAGGCUAUCAGGAACAUUUAACCGAGUAUGGAGUUCACUGGAAUUUUUUCUUCACCAUCGUAGUUGUGAAAUUAAUAACAUCCCUUCUUUUGAUCAUUUUUCCUUUAAAUAAGUCGUGGGUUGUGGCUGUCAGCAUUACUGUGUCGUACCAGCUAGCUCUCGACUUGACUCCACUCAAGAGGGUAAUUUUGUAUGGCACUGAUGGUAGCGGCACGAGAGCUGGGUUAUUUAACGCCAACCGAGAAGGAAUCAUUUCCACUCUGGGGUACGUGACAAUCCACAUGGCUGGCGUGCAGACAGGGUUGUAUGUGCUUAAGAACAGAACACAUAUCAGAGACUGGAUAAAAGUUGCUUGUUGUAUUCUCUUAGUGGCUGUUAGCUGCUUCAUUUCCCUUUAUAUAGUUCAAGUAAAUAUAGAAGCCGUAUCUCGAAGAAUGGCCAAUUUAGCCUUUUGUAUGUGGGUGGUUGCUUCUAGCCUGCUGCUUCUUAGCUGUCUGUUACUGAGUGAUAUAAUUUUGAGUUUUGCCAAAUUUCUAAUUAAAGGGGCUCUAGUACCAUGUUCUUGGAAACUUAUACAGUUGCCUGCUACAAAUAAAAAACAUUCUGAAUCUCUAAUCCUAGAAGCUGAAAAAAAAGAGCCCAGCCUUUGUUUAAUCACAGCUCUAAACAGAAACCAGCUGUUUUUUUUCUUACUGUCAAAUAUAACAACUGGUCUAAUUAACCUGAUGGUGGAUACAUUACACAGUAGUGCCUCCUGGACCUUAGUUGUGCUCGGUAUGUAUAUGUUUACCAACUGUUUGGUUAUAUAUGUCCUUAAUUUACAAGGUAAAACCGUAAAGUUUUGGUGAUGAAUGGAUAGGCUGUAUAUAUUUGAACAGCAUUAUUUAGGGAGGAGAGCAACUGUGAAGGAGAUGUGCUCUUAGCAAUCCAGUCUUCACUGUAUUUUAUCAAAAGUUUCAAUCCUCUGACAGAAAUUAAACAUUUUUUGAGGAAGACUCCUGCCACUCUACCUGGAUGUGUAAUACAUUUGGACAUUAUGUAAAACAAGCCAACAGAAGUGGUGUACGGCUUGAAUCUCAGAGCAUGGGCGGCAGGGGCAGGCAGGUCUCAGUCGAGGCCAGCCUGAUAUAUAUGCUGAGUUUCAGGACAGCCAGGGCUAUGUAGAGAGACCCUCAGGAAAAAAAAAAGGUGAAACUAAGUCUUGUGACUUAUUGGAACUUAUAAAAUGCCAGUAUUUUAAAGAACUUGUUUACAGGAUUUCGUUUUGUCUGGAGCUCACUAUGGUGCUCAUACCUCAGCCUCAGCACUGGGGUUUCAGGCAUGAGCCACCACACGCAACUUGUUGGUAGUUUUGACACUUGCAAGAUGGAGGGUGGGAUUUUUUUACUUUUCAUAUAACAUUAUGCCAUUGUAUUUGUGGUGGUUUAUAUGGAUAUAUAGUUGUAUGAUUAUGUUUGUUACAUGAUGUUUACAUUAAGAUAUUUAUGAAUUGUCAUUUCAAAAGAUUUUGUGUGUAGAUUUUGCCUGCAUGUAUGUACAUCACAGGUGUGCAAUACCCAUAGAGGCCAGAAGAGGGGGUUUAGAUACCUUGGGACUGGAAUUACAAAUGGUUGUGAGCUGCCAUAUGGGCGCUGGGAAUUGAACCUGGGGCCUCUGGAAGAGAAGCAAGUGCUCUGCAUCGCUAAGCCAUUUUUCAAGUUCCUCUAUUUUCUUUUAGUUGGGAAUCUCACUAUGUAUCCCUUGCUGACCUGGAACUCAAUAUAUAGACCAAGCUCACCUCAGACUCAUAGAGAUCUGUCAUCUUUUGCUUCCUGAGAGCUGGGAUCAAAAGCAUGUACCACCAUGCCCAGAAAAUUAUAGAUUUUUCAAUGCAUCAAUUUUUUUUAAAGUUUCCUUUUUAUUAGAUUUAUUCCUUUCUUAUUUGUUGUGCCUGCAUGUGUGUAGGUGUACCACAAGCAUGCUUAGUGUCUUAAAGGAUUAGAAGAACAUUUCAUUUCCUGGAAACGAGUGAUGGAUGGUUGUAAAUGACCAUGUGGGUACUGGGAAUCGAACCUUGGUCCUCUGCAAGAGUAGUAAGUGCUCUUAACCAUUUGAGCCAUUUCUCCUGCUCCUUCAACACAUCUUUUCAUCUUUUAAUAAAGUCUAGGACUAAGAAGCAAGUGCUUAAAACCUGAUACAUUUGAAACCAGAAAAAAGUUAAGUGUAAUAAAUAAUGAUUGAAUUGGAUGAUCUUAAAUAUGUUACUUAAAACCAGUUUUUUUUAGGUACCUGAUACAUUUUACUUUUUUUUUUAAAUCUUUAAGUUUUGAUACAGGAUCUUACUAUGUAGUCCACACUAGCUUUGAACUCUCCCUGUAGCUCAAACUGGUCUGGAAUUUAUGCUCACCCAGCCUCAGUUUCUCAAAUGCUAGGAUUGUAAGAGUACACCCUCAACCCAGCUAUACAAGUUUUAAGACUGAUUCAUUGUAGCCUACUCUGUGCUAGGCACACAAUAAUAGAACACAACUAAGGGAUACAUCUUGUAAUCAUAGCACUCAGGAGGCUGUGGCAGGAGCUAGAGCUCAAGGCUAGCCUGGGCUACAUAGAUCCUGUCUCAAAAGAUAAAUUUCUAGUAUCUUGGAACUUUCAGUCUAGUGAAGGGAAACACAUUAAACUAAUAUAAAUACCGAGUCAUAGGGAAGAAAAAAUACCUGUGGAUUGUUACAAGCGUCAAACCAAGAACCAAUCUAGGAAGGAAACAAGUUUUCUCCAUAGAUGGAUAUUUUUGAGGUAAUCCUAAUGGAUGAUAGUGUAUCUGGGGAUAGAAGGGUAGACAGCAGAGUACUGAAUGUAUGAUGAAUCUGUCAGCAAAAGUUCUAAGUUGGGAGAGAACCUCUGUAACUCAGAAAAAGGGAGUGUGGGAUGUAAGCUGGAGAAACAGGAGGGGACCAGAGAAGGAAGCCUCAACUAUAGGAAAGAGAAUCAAGAAAAUCAGUGAGAAAUGAAAUCUUCAAGCACAUAUAGUCUAAUAAAAAUAAGGUUACAUUAAGGCUUAAUAGACUGCUGAGAACUCGAACGAUUUCAAGUUUUCAAGCCGAUCUUUGACUCGCCUGUUAAGUCUAAAGAUGUAAAAAUCACAGGGUCUUUAGUUUCCAGUUCUGAUGUUCAAUGUGUAUGUUAUUUGUUUUGGUUUUUUGAGAUAGUCUGUGUAGUCUUGGCUGGUCUGGAACUAUAUAGGCCACUCUGGCCUCCAGCUAACUCAUGGAGAUCGAUCUGCUCCCAAGUGGUGGAAUAAAUGCUGGCUACCACCAUGCUUGGCCAAUGUGUAUAUUUUAAGGCAGGGACAAUACUGGCCAGCUGUGGUGACAUAAACCUGUAGUCCUAGGACUUGGGAGAUGGAGGUGGGAGGAUCAGGAGGUAGAAGCCAGGCUAGACCUGUGUGUGUAGUGGUGGGGGAUGAGAAUGAAAUUGUGCUUUUCUUGUUUCAAGGACAAAUCAGAAAUAGUUGCUUGUGAGGGUGUUUAAUUUGAUAUUUAGAGCAAUCUAAAUUAUUUGUGUAGUUUAGAACAGGUGGAGCCUCCUGGUACAGGUUUGCUGUUUGAACUAAUUGGCUUCAGAUUGUAGACUCUAUUUUUUAGUGGUGCUGGGGAUUAAACUAGAACUUCAAAUUUGCUGGGCAAGCAUUGUACUGAGCCACACCCCUAACUCUGAGAAUGUAUUUUUUUAAUGUAAAUAUACUGUUAAAUGUGUUUACUUCAGCUUCUUGAUGGCUAAUUUUGUGUUAAGAUGACGUAUUUGCUGACUACAAUUAUAUCAGAUUAUAUUUUCAAUUAAAAAGUUUAAGACUUUUGAAAUUUAACCAAUAAGAUUGUAGUAUGUAAAUUAAGCAUGACUAGGACAGUUGAUUUUUCUGCUGUGUCACAGUACCAGGACCCCACAGUUUAUCUAUGGGAGCUGCCAGAAGAAGGCAGAGUAGCUCAGCUACUACAUUCAUUUAGAGAAAGUAGUUAUC